ACUGUGAGAAGGAGAUAAUCACACUACAAUACUUUCUCAUCCUUAGUUUUACCUGUGACACCCUCGCAAUGACAAGCCGGCGCAGCAAAGGGGACACUUAAGGGGAAUUUACGGAAAUCAUUACAGCUAGGAAACUAUAUAAAAUUAUUGAGAGUAACUAUUGGGGAUAUUCGUUGGUAUCGACUUGGAGUAACUUUGGAUACUUGGACAGUGACUAUCGGAGAAUAUCUAUCUAUUUAUCAUUUUCGCUUACACAUUGCAUGAAACUGAGAGUGGAGAAGCACCAUGAGUCGGAAAACUAGACGCUGGAUUUUUCGGGUUUUGCUUUGCCUUGGGAUUGUCUAUUUGAAAAUCGGUGGUUUUUCAUCCGUGGUCGCGCUAGGUGCGAGUAUAAUCUGUAACAAGAUUCCCGGGUUGGCUCCCCGACAGCGGAUAAUCUGCCAGAGUCGCCCCGAUGCCAUUAUUGUCAUCGGAGAGGGAGCCCAAAUGGGGAUCAACGAGUGUCAGUUUCAAUUCAAAAAUGGGCGCUGGAACUGCUCUGCGCUUGGAGAGAGAACGGUCUUCGGAAAAGAGUUGAAAGUGGGCAGUAAAGAGGCUGCGUUCACCUAUGCCAUCAUUGCGGCCGGAGUUGCCCACGCCAUCACUGCAGCCUGUACGCAGGGAAACCUGAGUGACUGCAGCUGUGAUACGGAGAAACAGGGUUUCUACAGUAAAGGCCAGGGCUGGAAGUGGGGCGGCUGUUCAGCAGACAUCAGCUACGGCCUGGGCUUCUCCAAGGUGUUCGUUGAUGCCAGGGAGGUCAAACAGAACGCCAGGUCUCUCAUGAACCUGCAUAACAACGAGGUGGGACGCAAGAUCCUUGAGAAGAACAUGCAUCUGGAAUGCAAGUGUCACGGUGUUUCGGGCUCCUGCACCACUAAAACCUGCUGGACUAAACUUCCCAAGUUUCGCGAGCUUGGCUACAUUCUCAAAGAGAAGUAUGCCCAUGCUGUGCACGUGGAACCGGUCAAAGCCAGCCGCAACAAGCGGCCCAAAUUCCUCAAGAUCAAGAAGCCCUACUCCUACCGGAAGCCCAUGGACACAGACCUUGUGUUCAUUGAGAAGUCCCCUAACUACUGCGAGGCGGACCCGGUGACAGGCAGUAUGGGGACACAGGGCCGGAUGUGUAAUAAGACUGUUACGCAGCAGAUCAGCGGCUGUGACCUGAUGUGCUGUGGACGAGGGUACAACACACACCAGUACUCCCGCGUGUGGCAGUGCAACUGCAAGUUCCUGUGGUGCUGCUACGUCAAAUGCAACACCUGCAGUGAGAGGACAGAGGUGUACACCUGCAAAUGACAGUAUUUAUUGGACCGUCGGAUGUGUGUGUGUGUGUGUGUGUGUGUGUGUGUGUGUGUGUGUGUGUGUGUGUGUGUGUGUGUGUGUGUGUGUGUGUGUGUGUGUGUGUGUGUGUGUGUGUGUGUGUGUGUGUGUGUGUUGGGUGGGUGUGGUUGUGGAUGUGUGUGUGUGCAUAAUGGAAACUUUUUUAGGUAAUGGAUCAUUGCUGUUUUUGCAGCAGUAGACAUUGAGGAACUAUAAGCAGAAGAUGGAACAACAGCGAUUUUGUCUGCACACAAUGCUCCUUCUCCCCUCUCAUUGGACAUAUACUGGGAUCAGAUCACCAUAAAGGGAAACACACUGUGUCCUGGAUGGCAGGGUGGGACAGCCUCAGGACAUGAACUAUAACACACUGCGCUAUCUGCCAGCCAGCCAGCCUAUGUUUUUGGACUAUGUGUCAAUGCUGAGACUGUUAAAAAGCUAUGGAUGGAUGUGUACUAUUUGUUGACUGUCGAGUGAAUGGAUUCCCCCAACGCUCACCAUAAAUCAGUGCUGGAUAUAAUGCUGGACUCUGCUACUACUGUAGUUCUCUGUACCUGUACACUCUUAGAAAAGGGGUUCUGAAAGGGCUCUUCAGCUGUCCCCAUAGUAUAACCCUUCCAGGUAGAACCCUUUUGGGUUCCAUAUAGAACCCUCUGUGGAAAGGAUUUUACAUGGAACCCAUAAGGAACCAAAAAUGAUUCUUCAAUUUUUCAUAAGGGUUCUCCUAUGGGGACAGCCAAAGAACCCUUUUAGGUUGUAGAUAGCACCUUUUUUCUAAGAUUGUAGCUCAAUAAGACGCACUAUGCACAAAUGAAAUUAAACAGCCAUCGGGAAUAUUUAACACACUGUAUUUAGAGACAAAUAAAUAAUAUUAAUUUAUUUCAUAAAGAAACUACUGACUUGAUCCAUUAUGGAGCAAGUCUUAAUUGUGUAGAUGGUGGGUUCUUCCCCAAUGAGAGUUUUUGUUAUUGUUUUCUUUGUCAAUGCAAUCCAAAAUAGAAUUUAGAGUCAUACACUGGAAUUAGGACCACCUGGAAUAUUAUGUUGCUCAGAUUGUUCCAGGUUAGGCUGGUAAUAGGCUACUGACAUGAGUUUGUGCUUAAUCUGAAAUCGUACCCUAUUCCUUUUGUAGUGGCUCUGGCCAAAAGUAGUGCACUAUAUGGGGAAUAGGGUGCCAUUUUGGACGUGUACUUAGUCUUCCUUCUGUUUGCUGCUAGUCUGGAGAAUCCCUCACUGUGGUCUAAGGGCAUCAACACUACUGUCUGUGUUGAGUGACAACGCUCACCUCAACUGACUAAAUUUAACAAGACAUAUUCGACCAGACACUCUUUUUGGUAAAUAUUGGUAAAGAGAGUAUAUUUUGAAAAAGCCUAUUUUUAUAUACAUGUCUUAUUUAUACUAUUUCUUCUGACAUAUUUCAAUAUCACACUCUUCCCUCUUUAUCCCUCUGGAAAACCCAUUAAAUAUCACACUCUUCCCUCUUUAUGCCUCUGGAAAACCCAUUCAAUAUCACACUCUUCCCUCUUUAUGCCUCUGGAAAACCCAUUCAGUAUCACACUCUUCCCUCUUUAUGCCUCUGGAAAACCCAUUAAAUAUCACACUCUUCCCUCUUUAUGCCUCUGGAAAACCCAUUCAAUAUCACACUCUUCCCUCUUUAUGCCUCUGGAAAACCCAUUCAAUAUCACACUCUUCCCUCUUUAUGCCUCUGGAAAACCCAUUCAAUAUCACACUCUUCCCUCUUUAUGCCUCUGGAAAACCCAUUCAAUAUCACACUCUUCCCUCUUUAUGCCUCUGGAAAACCCAUUCAAUAUCACACUCUUCCCUCUUUAUGCCUCUGGAAAACCCAUUCAAUAUCACACUCUUCCCUCUUUAUGCCUCUGGAAAACCCAUUCAAUAUCACACUCUUCCCUCUUUAUGCCUCUGGAAAACCCAUUCAAUAUCACACUCUUCCCUCUUUAUCCCUCUGGAAAACCCAUUCAAUAUCACACUCUUCCCUCUUUAUCCCUCUGGAAAACCCAUUCAAUAUCACACUCUUCCCUCUUUAUCCCUCUGGAAAACCCAUUCAAUAUCACACUCUUCCCUCUUUAUCCCUCUGGAAAACCCAUUCAAUAUCACACUCUUCCCUCUUUAUCCCUCUGGAAAACCCAUUCAAUAUCACACUCUUCCCUCUUUAUGCCUCUGGAAAACCCAUGUGGGAAAAUGUGCCACUGCUGUCACUUCAUUGUUGUACUGUAUACUGUAUUGUUGUACUGUAUACUGUAUUGUUGUACUGUAUACUGUAUUGUUGUACUGUAUACUGUAUUGUUGUACUGUAUACUGUAUUGUUGUACUGUAUACUGUAUGUUAUUUGGAGCCAUGUGUUUGUCCCUGUGAAUAUAUGGCUGUGUUCAAACUGCUUUGUUUACUGCAUUUCAUGACUGCUAUGGUUGGAAUACAGGAGCGGGAUAAGACUAACAA